CGUCCUCGCCACACCAACCAACUAAAACCAGAAACAUAUCCCUCUUUCUCAAUUCCAAGAAAAAUCAUGACUGCCGUAACAGUUGUCCUCCACCUCCUCACCUUCACGCUCUUCGUAGCCACGUCAGUUCAGCUACCGCAACCUGACGGAUGUUCCCCCGUGCUUGCAGAGUUCUCGCCAUGUCUGCCGUACGUGUCGGCGUCGUAUAAUAAUACGACGGAAACUGUGUCUUCUCAGUGCUGUGAUGCAGUAAACUCGGCCUUCAGUUCUGGCCACGGUGACUGCCUCUGCGAACCUCUCCGACAGCCGCUUCUCUUCGGCUUUCCGCUGAAUGAAACCAGACUCCGUUCACUGUCUUCUGUUUGCCACACGAGUGGUUCUCUGGAGUCGAUCUGCCCCUCGGGGUCAUCACAAACAUAUUUGGCUCCUGUCCAUGGUGGCACGACAGCUUCAGAGAUUCCAAAACCACCUGAUUCAGAUAGUAAACAACUAUUUCCGAUCCCGGAAACUCCUGAUUCAAAUAACCAACCACACUUGCCCAUUCCAAAACCUUCUGACAACCACCCUCAAUUGCCAAUUCCAGAUCCUUCUGAUAAUCACCCGCAAUUGCCAAUUCCAAAACCUUCGGACAACCACCCUCAAUUACCAAUUCCAAAACCUUCAGAUAACCAACCUCAAUUGCCAAUUCCAGAUCCUUCUGAUAAUCACCCGCAAUUGCCAAUUCCAAAACCUUCAGACAACCACCCUCAAUUACCAAUUCCAAAACCUUCAGAUAACCAACCUCAAUUGCCAAUUCCAAAGCCUUCAGACAACCAACCUCAAUUGCCUUUGUCUCCUCUCCCAAUUCCAAAACCUUCUGAUUCAGGUAAGCAGCCACAAUUGCCUGUGCCUCCUAUCCCAUUUCCAAAACCUUCUGAUUCAGGCAAGCAACCACAUUUGCCUUUGCCUCCUCUCCCACUUCCAAAAUCUUCCGAUUCAGGGCAGCUACCACUUGUACCUUUGCCCCCUUUCCAUGGUUCGACAGGUCCAGAGAUCCCAAAACCUUUUGAUCCAGCUCCAACGACAAGUUCACCUACAACUCCAAGCUCAUCCCUAGUAGUAUCCAGAGGUUCUAUAGCAACAACACCGAUUUUCAAAAGCAGUAGUUGGUUUCCACUAGGAAUACUAAUUUCCCUAUUUCUCUUCGUUCAUACAUAGUGUUGCAGGCAUCUUAUGUAGAAUACUAUUAUUUUAGAUGUUAUCAGAUUCAAUGAUUAAACAAAUAUGUCAUCGCCUGUACCAGGUCUAUGAAGAAAAUAAAUCACAUAGUUUGUUCA